AUGGAAUUAGAUCCUAUAACAGAUUCGAAAUUGACAAUAAAACUAUUUAAACAUGUUACUAACACCAGACAGCUAAAAGAAAGCCUUAUAAAUGGUCAAUUAAAGUGUUGCAUUAUCAAACCUGAAUUAAUAUUUGAUCCAUUCCAGAUAAUUGUAGCUGUAAAUAAAGCAGUGUUAGCAAAAAAAUUGACAACAAAGACUAUUUACACCGAAAUAUUAUUCAAUUUAUCUAUAACCAAAAACAUAUUAAAAAGUUUACAAACCUUUGGAAUUGAUGAAAAAGACGUUUCCUUAUUGGUAGUUACCCUUGAUGAGGACAGAAAUAUAUACCAGCAGAUCGAAGGCGUUGAAAUACCAUUGGAUGAUCUUAAGAAAUAUACUGAUAUUAAUUUAAUCAAAAAAACUUAUAAAAUAAGUGAAAAUGAGUCUAGGGUAACUUCUAUUUUAGAUUCAGUUGUUAGUAGAAUAGCAACAAAAGACUUUAUGUCAAUCUAAUUCCUCAUUGUAUAUAAUAUGUUUUUCAAAGAUUUUCAAUAACUUAUUAAUAUUAGAAUUGAAUUCUAUUUUUGUAUUAUUAUAAAAAUUUUAGUCAGGUUGAUCAGUAUAAUUGUCCAACUGAAAACAAGAAUUGGAGACCUUGUUGGAACAAAACCAUAUGCCACCAAAAAUAUGUUUUAAGAUUUAUAUAUUUAAUCAAAUUCUGAAAUCAUGUUUACAGAGUAUUGAAUAAAUGAAGAUCGAUAAAUCACCAAA